UCACAGCUGCAAGCACAAAUCCACCAACCAUCAUGGCUGGACUGAUCGUACCAGACGUCAAUCUAUUCCCGCUGACAAACUACUCGUUCGGGAUCAAGGAUCCGCAGUACGAGCGCGACCCUUCCGUCCCAACGCGCAUGCAGCGCCUCAAGGACGAGUUUGAGCAGUACGGAUCGCGCCGCACGGUCGAGGCCGUCCUCCUAGUCCACGAGCACAACCACCCGCAUCUGCUCCUGCUGCAGCUGGGCACUACAUUCUUCAAGCUACCGGGAGGCGAACUGGACAUUGGCGAGGACGAAAUCACUGGUUGCCAGAGGUGGCUCACCAAGACGCUGGCAGUGGAGGGCACAUCCAUCCCUUGGAAUGUGUGCGAAAUCGUUUGCAACUGGUACCGACCUAGCUACGACCAGAAUCAAUAUCCUUAUAUUCCAGGCCACGUUACACGACCAAAGGAGCACCGAAGAGUGUUUGUUGUUGAGCUGCCUCCCAAUGCCGCCCUUGCAGUGCCAAAGAACUACAAAUUAGUCGCAGCCCCACUAUUCGAGCUGCACGACAAUCCUCAGACGUACGGUCCCGUUAUUGCUCAGCUGCCAGCCAUGCUUAGUCGAAUCAACUUUGUGUACAACUAGUUGCGCUGUUGUUGCGAGUAACAUGAAUGUCAA